CUCUCCCUCUCUCUCUCUCCCUCCUCCUCCUUCUCCCUCGGAGCUGCUUGCUGUAUGCUGCUCCUGAGCCCGGCGCUGCUCGGCUCGCUGCCCCGCUCAGACUCUCCUUUCGCUCCGCUUGUAGCGCACGGCUCGCCGCUGGGAGAGCGUUUGGAUGGUGUUUAUGAGCAGAAAUUCAGCCGUACUGAAGUUUAGACCGACCUCUCCAGGCUUUUUGCUGCGGGCGAGCUCAGCAACACUCCCCAGGCUCCCCUCUCUUUCUCCCUGCGGCUUGGUCGUGUUUCCCCCGGACUCUGCGCUGGUCGCUUCCCCGCGGUUGAAGCUCUGUUCCCGGGCUGUUCUCGCCGGAUCUCCGCUCUCCCUCUCUCUUUGGAGCAGCUUUGCGUUUUUCAGCUUUAAGCGACAAACUCCUGCAGAUAUUCCCGGAAUGCUACAGCUGUAGGAGUGCUGGGAGUCCCGACUGAGCACUGCUAGCUUCUGGACUUCUGGACAGGCUAACUUACAUUUAUACACACUCUCACUCUCAGUCUGAGAGCCGCAGAACCAGCUGAAAAUGUCUCAUCCUCCUGCCAAGUUUAAAAAGGAUAAGGAGAUCAUCGCUGAGUACGAGAGUCAAGUCAAAGAGAUUCGAGCUCAGCUGGUGGAACAGCAGAAAUGUCUGGAGCAGCAGACGGAGAUGAGGGUCCAGCUUCUGCAGGACCUUCAGGAUUUCUUUCGGAAGAAGUCAGAGAUCGAGAUGGAAUACUCACGCAACUUGGAGAAGCUUGCAGAGCGCUUCAUGGCCAAGACCAGGAGCACCAAAGACCACCAACAAUACAAGAAAGACCAGAAUCUCUUGUCUCCAGUGAACUGCUGGUAUCUGCUGCUGAAUCAGGUGCGGCGGGAGAGUAAAGAUCACGCUACUUUGAGUGAUAUUUACCUGAACAAUGUCAUCAUGCGCUUCAUGCAGAUCAGUGAGGACUCCACACGCCUGCUGAAAAAGAGUAAAGAAAUCGCCUUUCAGCUGCAGGAGGAUCUGAUGAAAGUCCUUAAUGAGCUCUACACGGUGAUGAAGACCUACCACAUGUACCAUACGGAGAGCAUCAGUGCUGAGAGCAAGCUGAAGGAGUUUGAGAAGCAGGAGGAGAGGCAGAUUGGACGCUCUGGAGAGCCGGUUUUCAGCAUGCGGAUGGAGGAGAAGCAUCAGAGACGCAGCUCUGUGAAGAAGAUUGAGAAGAUGAAGGAGAAGAGGCAGGCCAAGUACUCUGAGAACAAGCUGAAGUCCAUCAAAGCCCGCAACGAGUACCUGCUGACGCUGGAAGCCACUAAUUCCUCUGUCUUCAAGUAUUAUAUUCAUGACUUGCCUGAUUUAAUAGAUUGCUGUGAUCUGGGCUACCAUUUCUCUCUGAACCGAGCGUUGCGGACCUAUCUUUCGGCCGAAUAUAACCUGGAGACGUCUCGACAUGAGGGCUUGGACAUCAUUGAGAAUGCUGUGGAUAGUCUGGACCCCCGCAGUGACCGCCAGCGCUUUAUGGAGAUGUACCCCACCGCUUUCUGUCCUCCCGUCAAAUUUGACUUUCAGUCGCACAUGGGAGAUGAGGUCUGCCAGAUCACAGCUCAGCCCCCAGUCCAGGCUGAGCUGGUACUCAGGUUCCAGCAGCUACAGUCCCGUUUGACCACACUGAAGAUUGAGAAUGAGGAGAUCAAGAAAACCUCAGAGGCCACUCUGACCACCAUCCAGGACAUGGUGACCAUUGAGGACUAUGAUGUCUCAGAGUGUUUCCACCACAGCCGCUCCACAGAGUCAGUCAAGUCCACAGUGUCCGAGACUUACCUCAGCAAACCCAGCAUUGCCAAGAGACGUGCCAACCAGCAGGAGACUGAGCAGUUCUACUUCAUGAAAUUCCGUGAAUUUCUGGAAGGCAGUAAUCUCAUUGCCAAGCUUCAGGCCAAGCAUGACCUGCUGAAGCGAGCCCUGGGAGAAGGUCACCGAGCAGAGUACAUGACCACAAGGCCUCCAAAUCUUCCUCCUAAACCUUACAGCACUCGGAGGCCCAGACCUCGCUCGUUUUUUAGCGUUAAACUGUUUAAUGGCAAUUUGGAGGCUUUUAUAAAGGACUCUGGACAAGCAAUUCCACGAGUGGUCGAGAGCUCUAUUCGUUUCAUCAAUCUUUACGGCCUUCAGCAUCAAGGCAUAUUCCGCGUGUCAGGCUCUCAAGUUGAAGUCAAUGAUAUUAAGAACUCAUUUGAGAGAGGCAAUGACCCUCUGACAGAUGAUGAGAACAACCAUGACAUUAACUCAGUGGCGGGGGUCCUCAAACUGUACUUCCGGGGUCUGGAGAAUCCCCUCUUCCCAAAGGAGAGAUUCAAUGACCUCAUCUCUUGCGUCAGAAUAGAUAACCUCUAUGAGAGAGCCCUGUACAUACGGAAGAUCCUCCUGUCAGUUCCCAGAUCUGUCCUCAUCGUUAUGCGCUACCUGUUUGCAUUUCUAAACCACCUGUCCCAGUACAGUGACGAGAAUAUGAUGGACCCCUACAACUUGGCCAUCUGUUUUGGUCCCACCCUCAUGCCCACUCCAGACAUCCAGGACCAGGUGUCGUGCCAGGCUCACGUCAACGAGGUCAUCAAGACCAUCAUCAUCCACCAUGAGACCAUCUUCCCUGAUGCCAAGGAGCUGGACGGCCCUGUGUAUGAGAAAUGCAUGGCUGGAGGAGACUACUGUGAGAGCCCCUACAGUGAGCAUGGAGUGCUGGAAGAGGUGGACCAUGAUGGAGGAGCAGAGACACACACCAGUGAAGAUGAGGGCGAGCCAAUUGAAGCCAUCGCCAAGUUUGACUAUGUGGGACGCUCAACCCGUGAGCUGUCCUUCAAGAAGGGGGCAUCUCUGCUUCUGUACCAGCGGGCUUCAGAAGACUGGUGGGAGGGCAGGCACAAUGGCCUCGAUGGCUUGGUGCCUCAUCAGUACAUUGUUGUGCAGGACAUGGAUGAUACCUUCUCAGAUACUCUGAGUCAGAAGGCUGACAGUGAGGCCAGCAGUGGGCAUGGAGGAGAUGAAAAGUGCUCCAGCAGAGAUUUGGGUUCUCCUACAGAUAGAUUACCAGAUGCUUAUAUCAGCAGCCGUCACAGAAAGAGAACUGACCCCCCGACCCGCAGACCCCCGGCGCGACCCAGCGACCCCCACUGCAUGGUCCAUCCCUCCCAGAGCCACAGUAGUCAUGGUAACCACAGUAGUCACAGCAGCCACGGCAGCCAUGGAAACCCUGACCGUGGCUCCCCAGUGCUGGGACACUACAGCCCCCGGGAGCUGAUGCGGGGGCGGGGCCCCGUGCCCAUCGACAGUCCUGAGAGACGCAGGCGCAUGGGCCACGGCAGCCUGACCAACAUCAGCCGCCACGAGUCCCUGAAGAAGCUGGAGAGCCCCCCCAUCCGCCGCUCCACCUCCUCGGGCCAGUACACGGGCUUCUCCGAGUCACACGGCAAGGGUUUGGACCCAGAGAGCAUCGCACAGGAUAUAGAGGAGACCAUGAACACGGCUCUGAAUGAACUCCGCGAGUUGGAGAGGCAGAGCACGGCGAAGCACGCUCCUGACGUGGUGCUGGACACCCUGGAGCAGAUGAAGAACGCUCCCACGCCGGCCAGCUCCAGCGAGUCUCUGAGUCAGCUGCCCGCUCUGCUGCUGCGUCCGGCUGCCACGGACCUGCCCAUGCGCCGCUCCACCAGCGACACCAUGAGCACCUUCAAACCUGCCUCCGCCCCGCGCAUGGGGGUCCAGCUUAAGCCCCCAGCCCUGAGGCCCAAGCCUAUGGUGGUGCUGCCCAAGGCCGGUCCGGCCCAGCCUCCGGCGCCCCCUCCCCACGAUCCGCUGGACAAGUCCUGCACCAUGUGAGCCAAAACUGAGACGAGCUUAGAGAGAAAGAGAGACAAAGACAAAGAACCACAGGACCAUUUUUAGCCUGGUAAAGGAAAACUGGUGUGAAAUUAGUGCAGCCAGCAGGGGGAGCAGGAGUAUUUUUUCAUUUUCUUUUUAAAUAAAGGAUUUUAAAGCCACUGACCAUUCAGCGUUCAGCUCUCAUAUAUAUGGUUAUAUGGAUAUAUAUCUCCCUCUGUGUAACACCCUUUGCAAAUUCUACGUGAAAACUGGACUAAACCCUACAUUACAGCUCCAGAAAGAGUUUAUGAGCCUCCAGCAUGAGCCGAAGCACUCAUCAGACUCUCACCCUCAACCGGAGCUUGGGAAUCCUGCUCUGAACAGGAUGAGCAGAGCAUUGUUUACGUAGUAGUGUAAGCUAAUAUUAUAUGUGCUAAUAAUUAUUAUACAGGUCAGCUAUAAACUGUAAUGAAGACAGCCACCUUUUCUGUGGUUACAAGGCUCUCUAUUGUUUCUCAAAACUAGAUGUGAACUUUCAUCCACAACAGAAAAGCAAGAGACAUUCUCGGAUCAGAUGCGGUUUACAGAAAGCAGUUCACUUGAUGUUCGUCUGAUCAGUGUUCGUCUUGCAUGUAUAUAUAAUCUCUUAGGUUCUUCUAUAAUUCUCAGUAUAAAAGAGAUGAAGAAACUAGAUCUAGAUCAAGACGUUCUGAUUCAAAGAAAGCAACAAAUCACAAAGGCUUCCUGUGUGAUUAGAAGAACUACAGUAUAUGUUGGUAGUGUAGAUCCAGUAGAGCACUGCUAAAUGUGAAUAAUACAGAAAUGCAAGAAAGCAGGGUCUUUUUGUCCUCUGUUUACAGCCUUUGGAUUGUGGGAAAUGCAGUUUCUGUGCUGAAGUUGCCCUUGAGCAUUGUAGAUAGUGAGUUAAAAAGCAAUGAAUGUGGUUGACUGGUAAGAACGCAGCACUGCCACUUGAAAAACUAAACUAAAAAGGCUGCUAUUUUCUAAUUCUGGAAGGCAGUUGGCUUUUUUAGGCCAAGCAACUAAGUGUGUAAGUGUGUGCAGGGCUUUACUUUGGAUAUUAUAUUUUUGAUAGUAAUCAUAGUAAUGAUAUGUAUAUGCGCAGUUAUCGACCAUAAGAGUUAAAUAACCUAAUAAAGCAGAGUUUCUCAGUUUAGUACUUUUAACUAAUUUUCUUAUUGACUGAAAUGUAGAGAUUUAGAAUAUAAAACACAAUAUGAUCUCUUUUGCUUUUACAAAAGAAAUAGUUAUUUGCAGGAACACUACACUUUCCACAUUAACUUAGUAAGGUCAUUCUCCAGUCAGAAUGCUGUGAAGUAGUCUCGCAAAUGGUUUAGUUUAGCAGCCAGAAAGAACAGGGCACUCAACACACACGCACUACUUAUAGAGAUGGUACAGAAUUUCACUAACUUCACUGGUCAAAACUCGCUCUUCACUCUCUCAGACUUUCUUAGCUUUAGAGCAUGAUUUCUAAUGCUGUUUUAGUUAUUAUUAGUGAUAUGCAAAUAACUUUAAAUGUCUUUGGGAAAGACUCGAGGCAAUAUUUCUGUAGUUUCACCAAACAAAGGAAUCAUGCCAAUAGCCAUGGACUCACCGACUGUUACUGUAAAAAAAAUUCCAUCUUAUCAUUUUUCACAUUCUUAUUGUGUGUCAGUGUUGGGAUUCGAUCUGAGACCUAAUAUAUGAAACUGCAAACAGAUUUGUACAGCUGUCUGAAGUGUCUGAAUCAGCAUGUGUUACAGAUUGAUCAGCCAUAAGAUUAAAACUACCUUUCCAGAUAUAGUGUAGACCCCUAAAGCUGCCAAAAGAGCAGCGUCUCAUCAAGAAAUCCACAAUCCACCUCUAAAGGUGUCCUUUUGCAUCAGUGAGUGUUGGACACCCAUGACCCUGUCACUGUUCCACUGACUGAAAUUUUAGCCACCACAGUGCUUCAGAUUUUUACACUUUUACAGGUGCCACUGGAUAUAUUCUAGAUAAUCAAUGUCAUUCAAUGUUAUUCACCUCUGAGUGGUCUUAAUAUUAUGGCUGAUUAAUAUCAGAUGCAGUUAGCAGUUAAUUCUUUUAUGAACUAAAAUGGUUCCAAAAAUACUGUUGGCAUAGGUUGAGCACAAAUGGGUCAGAGUGGUGUGUGGGUGGGAGUGUGUGGUCGUGUGUGUGUGUUUGUACUGACUGAUAACCAUGUAUCAUGUGCUUAUAUAUAGAAGUUUUAAUUUUAUUUACAUGUAAGAAAUGGAGGGAAAAUAUGUAUAUUAAACAACUAUUUUGCCUUUUAAUGACUAACUGUUGAAUUGUAAUGAUAACAUUUUAAUAUAGGUUCUUUUUUUAUUGUAAGAUGGUGUACAGUACAUUGCAGACUGAAAAGGCUUUAUUAUUAGAUGUGUAAAAAGCAAUGUCUCCCUACACGACUGUGCACAGUAGCAGAGCCGUAACUCGAUUGCUGUUCUCUCAGUGUGUGUCCAUGUACAUCUGUAGUACGGACUUGUGAAAGUGCCUUUAAAAGCUGUUUUAGAGGAACUUCAAACCUACGUCCUCUGUGCUGUUGCGUUCAUGUUUCAGACCCAGUGCAGUGCAUAGGAAAAGACACUGAAUGCAUUAUUAUUAAUCAGUAAGAAUGAUCAAAUAAAGAUUAUGCUUAUUCAUUGUGACAUUGCACUUUUAUGUAUAGGACUGUAUAUUUGGCAUGUAACAUCCUAACAAGUGGUAGAGAUCUGCAGGGGUGGAGGAUGAGGGGUGGGAGAAGGCUGCUUCCUGGAUUGUGUCUUUCUAAUAAAGAACUUAGUUUGGUCAGUC